AUGGAGCUGGACGAGCAGGCCUUCUUGGAGGAGCUCUUCUCGCUGAGGAGGGACGCCACGGCCGCGUGGGAGUGCAAUGCCAUGGGGGACUUCUUCUCCCCGGCCUGUGCUGGCGCCGCCGCCAUGGACUGCUUCCAGGAGCGGCACCAGCCCACCGUCAGCGUGCUGCCCACCUUCACCGCCUCCUUCGACCACCCACAGCAGCAGGCGGGGGUGACCGCGGCUGGGGGGUUCGACUGCCUCAGCGAGGUCUACGGCGGCAGCCCCUUCCCCAAUGCCGUCGGCGGCGGGUACGGCGAGAUGGGGUUUCUCGCCGCGAUGGACCCCAAGGCGGCGGCGGCGGCGGCUCUGGUGGAGGGGGGCGGCCUCGGCGCCUGCAAGGUGGAGCCCGGGCUGGCGGCGGUGGACGGCGGCGCGUUCGGGUCGGGUCAGAUGGCGGCCGUCCCGGCGCCGGCGUCGAGGAAGAAGCGGGUGGAGGGCAUGCCGUCCAAGAACCUGAUGGCGGAGCGGCGCCGCCGCAAGCGCCUCAACGACCGCCUCUCCAUGCUCCGCUCCGUCGUGCCCAAGAUCAGCAAGAUGGACAGGACGUCGAUCCUGGGGGACACCAUCGACUACAUGAAGGAGCUGCUGGAGAGGAUCCGGCGGCUGCAGGAGGAGAUGGAGGAGCCGCAUGCCGGUCCGGCGGCGGCGCCGCUGCUGAGCGUGUUCCGGGAGCUCAACCCCAACGAGAUGCUCGCCAGGAACACCCCCAAGUUCGAGGUGGAGCGCAAGGAGGAGGACACCCGGGUGGAGAUCUACUGCGCGGCCAAGCCGGGGCUGCUGCUGUCGACGGUGAGCACGCUCGACACGCUGGGCCUCGACAUCCAGCAGUGCGUCGUCAGCUGCUUCAACGACUUCGCCAUGCACGCCUCCUGCUCCGAGAUGCAGAGGGAGAUGAUCAGCGCGGACGCCAUCAAGCAGGAGCUGUUCAAGAACGCCGGCUACGGAGGGGGCUGCUUGUGAGCAAGAAGCACCACCACCACCACCACCAUGAGUCCAUGACCACCACCACCAGCAGGAGGAGGAAGGAUAAUAAAGUAGAAGUAGCUGUAGCAGGCAGUAGAAUUAGCAGUUAGCACUAGUACCAGCAGCCAGCAGUAGCGAAAAGGGGCCGGAAGAUCUGGGCGGAGGCCCUUUAUCGCAAAUCAUAACCAUGUCGCCGUGAUCAAAA